AUGGCGGAAAGCGUGGGGGAAAAUUUAUCGGAGUCAUCUGAUGAUAGUUCGGCAAGUUACGUGCUUUCUAGCGACUCAAUACCAUCUUCUGAUAGCAGGGAGGAAGGAGAAUCAAAUGAGGAAACUCCUGCAGCUUCUUUAAGCCACGAAAAGCGAAAACCCAAACGGAGCGGCUCUUCGGCAGCAAAAUCAACGCGGAGUGGAACCCGUACAAAGAAAGGUAAAGAUGCAACGCUUAACGAUGAAGAAAUGGAAACGCUGGUCUCUUGGAUUUUUAGUUCGGAAGAAUCCAAUAAGGUAGAAACCGAAGUAAGGGCAACCCUUAAGGACGAUCCACAAAUAAAAUUGGAGCCUGAGCGGAUAAAGGUUGUGGAACAUAUCUUAGGCGUUGCUCAGAAGCAGUUGUUUCAACUGUUGAUCGCUGGAUUUUGCCGGAAAUUUUCAACUUUAGCCAAAGAAGCUUUCGACAGUAAAGACAAGUACAAAAAAGCGGCUUUCUCAGUGUCCUGGAUGAAAUUCUUGGCUAAUUUUCAUCCCGGAAAACCUACACAGGAGCGAAUGAUUUUAGAAAGAUUAUUGGCGAAUUUACACACGAACUCUCGAGAUGAAGUUCAUUGUGUUGUGAGUGUUAUUCACGAGUUGGUCUAUUCGAUCAUACAUGAACAUGUACGCCUAAGAAAGACGGAAAGCGAAACGGCUGGUGAAGGUAUCAAUGGAAGAAGAUGUCAACUAUCAAAAGAAUCGGACGAUACUUUGUAUCGGUAUUGUGGAGCGGCUCUGCAGCGGAUGAUUAAACUACGGAAGGAGACUCUUGCCGGAAAAAAAGGACGGGGAGAUUUGUCAAAACAGCGGAAACCAGUUAUGGAGCAGGAGUUGGAAAUUUUACAGCAACUCGUCAUGAAGGAUAAAUCGGCCAUUUCCUCAAGUCUGAAAAAUCUUGAUGAGGGGAAUGUGGUGUUUCCCAGAGCUGAGAUGAUCACGUUUCUGCGAUCUGUUGAUAACGAAGUGCGUGAAUUUGCAACGGACAGUAACCUUCGUCGAUACCCAUCGAAGUUUUUAAGCAUGUGUCAGAACGCAGUUCUAAACAAUGAAACCCUUGAAAUGGACUUUCGUUUGCUCGUCGUUUCCCUUACGAACUUGGAGGACACUGACAUGGAAAUAAUGGUUGGUCUAUUCAAAGACUUGGUGUCAAAGCUGGCAAAUACUCGAAUCAACGAAUUUAUGAAUGCAAGGAUUGAAAGGGAACUGAAAGGACAAAAUAAGGUGGUUGACGCUGAUGAGAUGCUCAGACCUCGCUUAAAAGCGUAUGCAUUAGCCACAAAACGCAAGUAG